GAACCUUAGAGAAGGGAAUGGAACCUUAGAGCGAGGGAAGGGUGGUGGUGUGGAAGAACCGGAAGGACUCUUAAAGAGGGAAUGGGAGGGCCGGAAGGAACUUAGGAGCUGGGAAUGGAACCUUAGAGCAGCGGGUGGAUGAACCGGAAGGACUCGGACAGGGAAUGGGAGGGCCGGAAGGAACCUUAGAACGGGGUGGUGUGGAGUUGGAAAAGCCGGAAAGAACCUUAGAACAUAGGAUGGAAGAACCGGAAGGACUUUUAAACAAACUGGGAAUGGAAGGGCCGGAGGGAACCUUAGAACAGGGGAUUGGGGGAGCUAAAAGGCAGCCUAAGACGGAGGCGAGAAGAACCGGAAGGCCCCUUAAACAGGGAAUUUGAGGGCUGGAAGGCACCUUAGAGCUGGAGCAGACAUCCAGUCCUAGCAUCCUAGCUGUGGAGCUGGGAGGGACCUCCAAGGCCGUGUGGUCCAGUCUCUUCAUUUUAUAGAUGGGGAAAUCUCCAAAGAGGUGACGAAGCUUACCCAUGUGGAGACAGGAUUCUGUAUAGGUAUCCCAUUUUCCAGUCUCCAAAUCCAAGGCUGUUUCCUCGAUGCCCCCCUUGGGGAAAGGGGUAGCCAGGGUGUAGACUCCAAGUACUAUUCACCCACUGUGGCUGGAUCUGGACAUGGUAGAGGGAAAAGAAAGGGAAAGAGAAAGGCUGAGAUGCCCUGAAUGCCCUAGUCUGAGAGGAUGCAGCUUGGGGAGCCGUCCCAGAGAGAGGUGUUGAGGUUUGCAGUGGUCUGCCGCUCCUUGACGUUGCUCCUCCAGGCUCUGUUCAACACGCUCAUCCCGGAUCAUGCUGCAGAUGCCUUCUCACCGCCCUGCCUGGUGCCUGCCGGUCUCGGGGACCGGCUUGUGGAAUGGCUUCUGGGGGGCUUGUCCCGCUGGGACGCGGAACACUUCCUCUUCAUCGCGGAGCACGGCUACAUCUACGAGCACAGCUUUGCCUUCUUCCCAGGCUUCCCCCUGGCCCUGCGCGCUGGAGCUGAGCUGCUGCUGUGGCCACUGCAGGGGCUGCUCACCCUCCACAGUCGUCUCUUGUUGACGGUCUCCCUGCUUAACGGUCUGUGCUCGGUGCUGGCGGCCUUGGCCCUCUACCAGCUGGGCUGCCUGGUGCUGCGCUGCCGCCGCCUGGCCUUCCUCUCUGCUCUGCUCUUCUGCCUCAGCCCCGCCAAUGUCUUCCUGGCGUCAGGCUACUCCGAGAGCCUCUUUGCCCUCCUGGUCUUUCGUGCCAUGAGCCAGCUGGAGAGGGGCCGCAGUGGUUGGAGCACGCUCUUCUUUGCCCUUGCCACUGGCGUGCGUUCCAAUGGGAUCAUCAAUGCUGGCUUCCUUUUGCAUGCCCAGUGCCGAGACUUCCUGUCUUUUCCUUCCCCGGGGAGCCUUCGUGGGGCCCUGCAGAGGCUACCAAGGCUGGUGGCCUUUCUGCUGCUGGUGUCCCUUGGGGUUGGCCUUCCUUUUGCUCUGUUCCAGCUCUAUGCCUACAGCCAGUUCUGCCAGCCUCACUUGCCCCGCCUCAUCCCAGAGCCCUUUGUACAGCUAGCCAAGGACAAGGGCUACCGGGUCCCAGCGGGUGAUCAGCCCAGCUGGUGCACCUGGCGCCUGCCCCUUAUAUACACCUAUGUCCAGGAUGUCUAUUGGAAUGUAGGCUUUUUAAGGUACUUUGAGCUCCGGCAGGUGCCCAACUUCCUCCUGGCGGGGCCAGUGGCGAUGCUUGGGGCCUGGGCAGCCUGGACCUAUGUGACUGCCAACCUCCAGCACUGCCUCACCCUUGGGCUUCUAAGGAGCAAGGGCAGGGGUGACAAGAAGCCAGGGAAGCCUCCCUCUGGAUUCCACAGCCCACAGGUGUUUGUAUACGUGGCUCACUCUACGGCCCUGCUGCUGUUCGGAGCCCUGUUUAUGCACGUGCAGGUUCUCACCAGGUUCUUGGGCUCCUCUACUCCCAUUGUGUACUGGUUUCCAGCUCAUCUGCUUCAGGACUGGGAGCCCCUGUUGUGGACUCAAGAGACUGUGCCUGGGAAGGCCCCUGUCGUGUGCUCCCUGUUGGGACAAGGGGCCCCAAAGAAUCCAAUUUGGAGACUUCUGUGCAAAUGGAGAUCUUGCUCUGGAAUCACACGGGCCAUUCUGGGCUAUUUCCUCUCUUACUGGCUCCUGGGACUGCUCCUGCACUGUAAUUUCCUGCCUUGGACAUGACCCAGAGCCCCAAAGGACAGCUAGGCUAGGCUGCAGACUUUCCCAAAGGGCCUGAAACUAGCACAUUGAGUCCUGGGCCUACUUGAAAUAGAAUUCCUCAUCCACUAUGCUUUCAAACAAAUUGGUUGCGAUUUCCAAGGAAGUGUUGGCCUUUGGAGAUUCCAAGUGGCAGAGGCACUUAGACCAAGGUUUUCUUCCAGGUCUGACGUGAACCUGGGUCUGUCUGCUCAACUCAGCCUUAGAAAGCUUAUUAAACCUCCCACCUGCCCACUUUAAGCUACUUAAUAGAAUCUCGGAAUCGAAAAGGAAGCCAGCCCUACCUGUGCCCAAGUCGCCUCCUCCACACUGUCUGUUCUCCACUUAAAGACCUUUAGUGACUUGAUUACCAGCACCCCUUCCUAGCCAUUCGAGCCCCUCUGUCCUUUCCUAUCUGGGACUAACUGAAUAAACCCUUCACCUAUCUUUGUAGCAUCUGUCUUCUCCUGGCCACCUCUGUUGUAGGAUGGGAGGGCAGUGUGACCUCACUGGGAGGAUGGAAACCAGUGGAGGUUUUCCCAAGUGGAGGUCCACCUGACUGAGAAACCCUAGGGACUCAUCCAUGGUGUAGCAGGGAGCAGCAUCGUCUGGUCAACGUCACCUCCUCCGAUAACCUUGACGUACUGAAACUGGAAAUCCAGUGUAAGAAAGUCUCCCCGUGACUUUUUAUUCUCCCUCCCUCCUUAAGACAGCGAGCAGUUGGAGUCUUCAUUCUUCCAUUAGUAACGAGUAGGCUGGUUUGUCACCACCCCGCUGCUUAAUUUUGGCCAAAUCACUUCCCCUUGCCAAGACUCAUUUUCCUUUUUUGUAAAAUAAGGGAUUUGAACUCAAUACUAUCUAAAGCCCCUUCCAACUCUAAAUCUGAUUAUCUUAUGACUGAGAGAUCCUCUCGUUACUCUGGCAGGAUCUGGAAACUAUGUGGAAAUUUAGUAGGAGUUCAGGAGAGUCUGUCUGAGGAGGAAGAGGAAUGGGCAGAAGUGGACACACAACGUAUAGACAUAUUUUUGAGGAAAAAUUUCCAGAAAUAUGUGGAUUCUUACAUGAGGCGGUGAGGAGGUACAUGCCAUGGGGCCAUAGCAGCCCUUGACACCACAGUCUAGAGAAGCUGGACUAGGGGGAAAAUUGGCUGUCCCGGCAGCUGAAGCAAAGUGAAGGCCAGGAGGAAAUGGAGAGCAUCCCCUGAAAGCUGGGGAGGAAGGUCAGAGGGACCUCACUAAAAAGAGACUUCAGGGAAAUGGUUACAGAGCUGGCGGAAACGGGCAAGAAGCCAGAUGUUGAGCUGCCACAGGUGACUCCCCCAUCACCCCCUCUGCUGGUCCUCCCCUCCUAGGUGUCCCAUGGUAGCUUGUACUGUCCAAAACAGCUCAUCAUCGUCCCUUGGAAUCCCACCCUUUUCUGAACACUUCUGUGUCUGCUAAGGGUAUCAUCACCUGCCCAGUCACACAGGAUGCCAGCCAUGGAGCCAUCAUCCCUUUCCCCCACGUCGUGCCAUCCAGUCAUUUGCCAGGUUUUAUCUGUGCUGCUUUCACGACAUCUCGUGUUGCUCCCCUUCUCCCCGUGUGCAUUGCCUCUGCGCUUGUUCAAGUCAGGUCCUUACCCCCUCUCCUGUAGCCUCCACAGUGGGGUCUCUGCCCCCCAGGAUUCCCUCUCUACCCUGCCUUUCACAGAGCUUUUAGAUGUACACUCCUCUGCACAAAGAGCUCCCGUGACCAUUGUAUUGAGCAACAAACAGAGGCUCCUCCGGCAUGCAGAGGAUGCUACAGUCUGGCUCCAGCCCUUUCUCUGGACUGAUUUCACAUCGCUCUCCAUGACACUCUCGACUUUCUAGGUAGACUGGCCUACUGGCCCUGCCCACUCGCAUGGGCCUUGGUAUAGACUGUCUUCCAUACUUAAAUGCCAUCAUCCCUCCUCACCUGCUUCUUGGCAUCACUAGCUGUAUUCCAGGCCCCCUCAAGCAUCACUCCCUAUUCAGUGCCUUCUCCCCAAGGUUAGGAUUCCCCUUCCACCAAAGAAGACGAUGUCAUACUUACUUUGGAUACAUGUUGUGUUGACUUCUUACUCCCCCCUCCCCCAAUGGACUCCAAAAGUUCCCUGAGGGUAGGGAUUUUUUUUUUCAUUUUGUCUUUGUAUCCCUACCAUCUAGCACAAUAGUAAGUGCUUGUUGAAGCUUGCUCCCAGAAAACGCGUGCACAUGUACCACCUUCAUAAAGGUAGGGGAAUAGAGGUGUGGAAGACUGCAUGUAAAUAUCCAACUCAGUCCAAGUAUUGGUAAACUGCUUUUUUUCCCCUCAUUUUUUUAUUCUUUGGUAUGAGGAACUGUUUGCUGGGUAGGGGAGGACAUCAAUAAAAGUUUUGAAAUACA